AUGCCUUUCACCGCCUCUGACAUUUGCAAGAUUCUUCUUGCCAUCAUCCUGCCCCCCGUCGGUGUCUUCCUCGAGCGUGGCUGCGGAGCUGAUCUCCUCAUCAACAUUCUGUUGACCAUUCUCGGUUACAUUCCCGGCAUCAUCCACGCUCUGUACAUCAUUCUCAAGUACUAA